GAACUGAUUUUGCUCCAGUAUGCCACGUGACAAGAGCGCCCGUUUUCAUUGGUCCGCCUCUGUUUCGUGUUUAUUUCCGGAAGUGAGUUAGUUGUCACUGUCAGACUUUCUAGGCAACCAAAUCGCUAACCUACGGCGACGCAUUGACAGCCUUCCCUCUGUAGGUCUGCCCCUGUCCACAUAAUGGCCCAUUGGUUUCACAGGAACCCACUGAAGGCAACAGCGCCGGUGUCCUUUAACUUCUAUGGUGUGGCAGGGAGCCCGGCUGCCAACAAGAUAUGCAAUGACCUGAGGACGACCAGAGCGAGGCUGCUGGAGAUGUUCACCGACUCCACCUGCACCCCGGAGAUCAUGAAGAACGCCUCGGAUGCGUACUUCUCUCUGCUGCAAGGCUUCAUCUCGUCCCUGGAUGGAAGUACACAGGAGAACAAGAUGAGGUUCAUCCAGAACUUUAAGUGGACCGACACCUUACAAGGAAACAUCCCAAGUGCCCAGCAGGAUGCCGUCUUUGAGAUGGUCUCUAUGGCCUUCAAUGUAGCCGUCUGGUACACCAAGUUUGCCUCAAGACUAGCUGGGAAGGAAAACAUAACGGAGCCCGAAGCCAAGGACGUCCACAAGAGCCUGAAGGUUGCUGCCGGAAUCUUCAAAACUCUCAAGGAGGUCCACGUUCCCCGCCUCAUCACCCCGGCUGAAAAGGGCCGAGAUCUGGAGCCCAGAGUGAUGGACGCGUACAUCAUCCAGUGCCAAGCCGAGGCACAGGAAGUGACGAUUGCCAGAGCCAUCGAGCUGAAGCACAACGCCUCCCUGAUUGCAGCUUUGGCUUUUGAGACGGCCAACUUCUAUCAGAAAGCCGACCACACGCUGAACACCCUGGAGCCGGAGUGCAGCAGCAAGUGGAGGAAGUAUCUGCAGCUGAAGCAGUACUUCUACAUGGCUUAUGCGUUCUGCUACCACGGCCAGACGCUGCUGGCCAGCGACAAAUGUGGAGAGUCGAUAAGGUCCCUACAGGAGGCCGAAAAAUGUUACUCCCGUGCGGAGGCGCUGUGUAAAGAGUACCGUCAGACCAAAGGGCCCGGCACCACGGCCAAGCCGUCAGAGCAGCUGUUCUUCCUCAAGCUGGGCGCGCUCAUUAAAACCACGCUGGAGAAGUGCCAGAGAGAGAACGGCUUCAUAUACUUCCAUAAGGUUCCUGCUGAGCCUCCCCAGCUGGAGCUGAAGGCGAGCUACGGUCUGGCGGAGCCGGUCCCCUUCGAGCUGCCGCCCCUCAGCGAGCAGUGCACUCCUGAGGUCUACGCCACCUUCGACCUCACCAAGGGAGCCAAAAAUGACAAGGCCAAGCCCAAGGAAGAGGAGGUGAAGCCGGUGAAGGAGCCUGAUUUGAAGCCCCAGAAGGACACAGGCUGUGUUCUCUCCUAGAGCCUCCAUCUUGGCAUCAACCAUGCUGAAGAAACAUCGUUUAUAAAGACAGCACCUGUUCAUCUUCCUCCAUAGACUUUUUUUCUCCCGCUAUUAAUCCUUGGUAUUUUACAUUCAUGCUGAAACAUGUUCUUUAUAUUUGGAUGUGAUCCACUACCAGAACAAUCUGACUCGUGUAAAAUCUGCUCCGGAUGGUAUGGUAGGCAGGCCCACAAUCCACUCCUAUCUGUGUGCUGAAACCUGCAAAAGAUGGCAAGUCGAAGCUCUAGUCCAAGAAAAAGAAAAGAAAAGAAAGCCCAUCCCAUCUGAUUUUCCUCUGGAGUUGAAUUGAAGGCAUGCAGUGAGUGUGUUUAUCGUGUGUGUUGUCGAACGGGAAUAUUGUGGCUUGUUUUGGGAUUAGGACUUUUACCAGACGCAUUUCACUCUGUCCAAGACAGUAAAUUCUCUAAAACCGGUUGAACACAGAUGAAAACAGAUGGGUGGACCAAACCACCCUGACCUAUGAGCUGCAGGAAGAGAAACAAAUUUCAUGUGUUUGGUUCUGUAGCACGAUCCAGAAUUUCAACCUGAAGAAAAGCAAUUAUUGCACUCCCAAGUUUGGAACGUUCAUCGCUACAGGUAUAAUUUAUCCCAACUGAGUAAAAGCAUACGUACAAUCCUUCUGAGUACUACCUGAACACAGAGUAUCUGAGCUGAGGGUUUUUCCCACUAUGACAUUAUCCAAUCAUUAAUAAUGACAAGAAAUCCAAGAGACACCGGACUGUGUAUUGAUAGUGAAUUUACUUUGUUUUAGCUGUAGUCGAUGAUUUAUUUGAUUUAGAUCAACAUGUAUUGUAGUUUUUCUUUUUUGUAUAUGACAUUAAGCUGUUUUCUACAUGUACUGUUCCUUUAAGGAGACCCUACUAUUGCUGGAUAUGGCUAAAUAUUACAUUGAGGUGACAAAACUCAGACACUUAUGUGAGCCUGUUUGAUAUGUUUUGGUUCUUGAACACUAUAGGAGACAAUCUAACACUUAGCAUAGAGGUCAGUGCAGGUGAAAGGCAAUGUUUUUGAUGGAUAUUAGAAAUCAGCAUACGAUGCUAACCGUGUAACCUUCUCAGUAGCUGUUGUCUAUAGUAGGCACCUUCUUCUGUAGGUAUGAACUGAGCGGGUGAUGGUCUGUUACUGAUAUCACCGUAUAAAACAGUCGCCAACAUUUUCUAUUCAAUUACACUUACAGUUUAAAGUCCUUGUGUAGAGAGUUGUAAAAGAAUAUCCGUAGCAAUAUUCUCCCUGUUGCUACGCACGGCUAGCCAUCUAGCUUAAAAGAGGUUACUGUAAGAACAACUAGAAACGUAUCCAGAAUUGUUCAGCCUCCAGCUUUCUAAUGUAAGGAACACCUAGAGCCAGAAAAAAUAUCAAUUCAAGUUACAUGACAACGAGUCAAAAUCAAACUGACACUGAACCCAUCACUCUUUCUAAAACUAGCUAGCAUGCUAACAGAAGCAUGUACUGUUAGGGCAGAUCAACAUCGAUGCCCGCUUCCUGCAAUAAGCAAACUACUACUGAUUUAUUUGGGUUGCGUUUUCUGUAAUUUUCCUUCCGGCUAUGUUUUAAAAUAUUGGCGGUAACAAUAUUACAACUUAGAAAGUGGGAAUUAUUUUGAAGCAGGAGGAGAAUAUUUUUUAAAAUUCAAAUCGGUUAUCAUGCUAUGCUACCAUUCUUCUUUGAAAAUGUAACUUUGUAAAUGUAAAUGCCGCAAAGAGAUGGUAUGUUUUAGACUGGGCCAUCAUGUGUGGCUCUAAAAGACAGAAACAGCAGAAUCUGCCUCUGCAGUAGUUUUAGAUCUUCCUGCAGGGCAGUUUCACCGGAGUCGCCCCCUGCUGUCUGAUCUCUGCCCGCUUUGACAAUGAAAUCUAAAUCAGUAAGUUAGAAACCGCUGGAAACUUGUAUAGACUGUAAAAAGCUGCUUCCGUGCACUAACUUAACCCACCCUGAUGUAUUCAUAGCACAUUGGACCCUCUCUGCACUUUAUUCAGCAGAUUUUAAAGUCGAGCUGGUUUAGACACGUAGUUCGUUGCACUUGGAGCACCGGAUUUAGCUUCUUGAGGUGCCGAAGGAGUCGACCCAGUGCUAAUUGUGCGCAUCCAUUCUUCGUGAGGGUGCUACACCGUUGCUGAAGUGUACACACCUUCUUUUUCUUCUUCCUCCUCCUCAUGUGGUGUCCUUCAUGUAAAAUGUAACCCAUAUGGUAUUAAACCAGUCAGAAAAGU